UCUUCUUCUCUUUUCACUGGCAGCUUUUUCGUGUGGAUUAAUCUGUCUGUUUGGGCUUCUUUUUGAGGCAGGCACAAAGAAAAUAGACAGACAGAGGUAUUUUGGAAGUGGGAGGGGAUUGAGGCAAAGAUGCACAGGUGGGGCGCAGAUUGAAAACAGCCAGUUUGUUUUUGCUUGGUGAACACAGAGGCAAGGCUGAGGUGGAGCGUUGCUCAGGGCUCACAGCUAUUCAUUGGGAGGACAGGUUGGACUGGUUUGCUGCUCCACAUUACAAGUGUUUCCCCCGCUCUGGCUCACUACAAAUCAUCAGCAGAGAGACGCUGAGGAAGGAAGGAACCAGAUAGAAGAUAGAAAGUGGCUUUGGAAAGACUCAAAGUACAUUUCAACAUUUGGCCCAGAGAGGAAUCUCAACAUGCCCGAGGAAAGGGAAGGAGAAUUUUAUGGAAAGAAUGGCGAGCCAAGGAAGUUCGACCCGACAUUCAAGGGCCCGAUCCAGAACAGGGGCUGCACAGACAUCGUGUGCUGCAUCCUCUUCAUUAUUGCCAUAGUGGCUUAUAUUGCAGUGGGAAUACUCGCCUGGUCCCAGGGCGACCCCAGGAAGGUGAUCUACCCCACAGACAGUCGAGGCCAGUUCUGUGGGCAGGCUGGCACGCCACUUGAGGACAAGCCUGUGUUGUUCUACUUCAACAUCAUGAAGUGUGCCAGCCCCAUGGUGCUGCUGGAGUUCCAGUGUCCGACCACACAGAUGUGUGUGGAGAAGUGCCCCGAAAAGUUCAUGACAUUACUCAAAGCCUACACCAACAAAAAUGACUUUGACUACUACAAGACCUUCUGCAAGGAAGGUGUGACUAACACAAUGGGAGCACCAGAAAUCCUGAAGCAGGGUCUCUGUCCUGCCAUGCUGAUGCCCAGCAAACCCUUCACUCGCAGGUGUUUCCCAGCGUUGGGCGAGAGCGGAGGGGUGAUAACUGUUGGAAACAACUCUAAAUUCGACGAUGGACGGGGAAACAUGAGAGACGCCAAGGACCUUUUGGAUGGAGUCACGAACGCCACAGUGGUCAUCGAGGCGCGCCAGGUGGUCAUGAAAAUCUUUGAGGAUUUCACCCAGUCCUGGUACUGGAUCCUGAUAGGGUUGGUUAUCGCCAUGCUCACCAGCCUGCUCUUCAUCGUCCUCCUGCGCUUCCUGGCAGGGAUCAUGGUCUGGGUCAUGAUUGUCAUGGUGAUACUGGUCAUAGGAUACGGUAUCUUCCACUGCUACAUGGAGUACGCUGCUCUUAAGGGAACAGCGGGCUCGGACGUGACGUUACAGCAGCUCGGCUUCCAGACGGACUUCGCGGUCUACCUGCAGAUCAGACAGACCUGGCUGGCCUUCAUGAUUAUCCUGGCCAUCGUGGAGGUCAUCAUCCUCCUGCUGCUCAUCUUCCUCAGGAAGAGGAUCCUCAUCGCCAUCGCUCUCAUCAAAGAAGCCAGCAGAGCCAUCGGACAUGUGAUGUCGUCUCUUUUCUACCCGCUGUUCACUUUCGUCCUGCUGGCCAUGGUGGUCUCCUACUGGGCGGUCACCGCUGUCUUCUUGUCUACCUCUAAUGAACCCAUCUACAAAGUCUUCAACGAGACGGCAUGCGACUACUCGAGAACGACUUGUAAUCCAGCGAACUACUCCACCAGUCCUGAGAAAGCAAAGUGCCCCGACUCCAUGUGCCUUUUCGCCUUCUAUGGAGGGGAGACCGCGUACCACAAAUACCUGAUCGGCCUGCAGUUCUACAACGUCUUCCUCUUCUUCUGGUGUGCCAACUUCGUCACUGCUCUGGGACAGAUGACCCUGGCCGGGGCCUUCGCCUCGUACUACUGGGCCUUCGUCAAGCCGGAUGACAUGCCUGCCUUCCCAGUGUUCGCUUCCCUCGGGAGAUCUCUCAGGUAUCACACAGGGACUCUGGCGUUCGGUUCCCUUAUCCUCUCAAUCGUUCAGAUCAUCAGGGUUUUGCUGGAGUAUCUGGACCACAAGCUGCAAGGAGCCCAAAAUAAGUUUACCAAGUUCCUGUUGUGCUGUCUGAAGUGCUGCUUUUGGUGUCUGGAGAAAUUUGUCAAGUUCAUAAACAGAAAUGCCUACAUCAUGGUGGCGAUAUACGGCAAAAACUUCUGCACCUCCGCCAGAGAUGGCUUCUUCCUCCUCAUGAGGAACAUGGUCAGGGUGGCUGUCUUGGACAAAGUGACAGAUUUCCUCUUGUUUUUGGGCAAACUGCUCAUCGUUGGGCUCGUGGGGAUCUUUGCCUUCUUUUUCUUCUCGGGGAGAGUGAAGGCCUUCGAGAGUACAGCCCCCCAUCUCCACUACUACUGGGUACCCAUCCUGACUGUGGUGGUUCUCUCCUACUUCAUCGCCCAUGGCUUCUUCAGCGUCUACGCCAUGUGUGUGGACACGCUCUUCCUCUGUUUCUUGGAGGAUCUGGAGAGGAACGAUGGCAGCGCAGAGCGGCCCUACCUGAUGCCCGAGAGCCUCCGAAAAGUCCUGAAUAAGAAGAACAAGAAGGAGCCGGCACAGUAAAGAACUGGGGGGUGCCGUGUCAUUUCUCCCAUGCUCCCUUGUUCCAACCGCUCAAUAGACCUUUUUUCACAGCAGACAUGUUGACUUGUCAUAGUAGGAACAGCACAGGUGUAUUCAAAACCCAUUAAUGAUGGCUGCAUUCCA